UAUAGUUUGCAAAGAAGUCACGUCCACCCCUCCCUCUGCUUUCUCUCCUCUCCAUCUCCCCCAUGCAUGUGCCGCCUUUGCACAAAGAAUGCACCGAGGGGGGGCAAAACCCCCAAAUGCUCAAUGUCAUGGACAGGAAUGAGGUGUCACCUGCGCCUGGUGCCACCGUGAUGAAGAACGCGGCGUGCCCCAGCGGAGGCGCACACAACGCCGCCAAAUGCGCAGGGAGCCAAGGCGGUCAAAUGUGUCCGGAGUCUCCCCGUCUGAGCUCCAAGGAGAAGGACGAGUCGGAGGGCGGGAAUGACGAGGGCAUGUUUCCGCAUUCGCGUGUGCGUCGAGCCGGGUGGAGCCGUGGAGGAGGAAGAGGAGGAGGCAGCAUUGGGAUGAAAAACUUUACGCCAGGAGGGGGAGCCGCGUCCUCGGCUUCCAGGAGGCACUCCGACAAGGAGCCCUGUCUUCCUCACGCAGAGGACGCUCUUGCUGCCUCACGGCCCACUGCUACCUCCGGAGCCACGGAGACCCGCGGACCUCACCCGGGCGAUGCUGCCCAGCACGGCGAGAGCUGCAGAGCAUCUGGGGCGGAGGCGUCGGAACCGGCGGCCGUCGCGGUAGACACAGCGGACGCGGCGGCGACGACGGGUGAUGGUGGCAACAGCGGCGUUCCCAUUUCCAGCAUGAAAUGCAACAAAAACGGAGAAUGCAGGAGGGACUCCGGCACCGGGAGCCUGCGCUCGAUCAUCUCCAAGCAGGAGAAGCCGAGGGCCGAGGACGGAGGGAGCGCCAAGCGCGGAGCGUGUAACUCGACCACCGCCAGCAUGGACGGCUCCAUCACGCCAGGCGGGUCCCUAGCCGGGGGCCACGGAGGCGACAGCGUCAACCCUGGAUCGAGCGGGGUCCCCGAGAAGAAGGACUCCAAGGUGUCUUUCUCCAACGCGCCCAGUCGGAAAGCCUCCUCGUCCCUGCACGGGCCGAGCCAGACCCCGCAGCCUAGGAACUCUGUCACUUUCCAGAAGCCCGAGGACGGACCCCCGAUUGUGCCGGCCGAGGAUGCGGAGCCUCGGGGCAGCCAGGCCAGCUUCAUGCAGAGGCAGUUCAGCAGCAUGCUGCAGCCGGGAGUUAACAAAUUCUCCUUGCGUAUGUAUGGCAGCCAAAAGGCUGUGGAGAGAGAGCAGGAGAGGGUCAAAUCAGCCGGAAAUUGGAUUAUCCACCCUUACAGUGAUUUCAGGUUCUACUGGGAUUUUACAAUGCUGCUGUUUAUGGUGGGCAACCUGAUCAUCAUCCCCGUGGGCAUCACCUUCUUCAAGGAAGAGACCACCACGCCCUGGAUCAUCUUCAACGUGGUCUCGGACACUUUCUUCCUGAUGGACCUGGUGCUCAACUUUCGCACGGGAAUCAUCAUCGAGGACAACUCCGACAUCAUUUUGGACCCUGAGACCAUUAAGAAAAAGUAUCUAAAAACCUGGUUCAUAGUGGACUUCAUCUCAUCCAUCCCGGUGGAUUACAUAUUCCUCAUCGUGGAGAAGGGGAUGGAUUCGGAGGUGUACAAGACGGCUCGAGCGCUGAGGAUCGUCCGCUUCACCAAGAUCCUGAGUCUUCUGAGGCUGUUGAGGCUCUCCAGAUUAAUACGCUACAUUCACCAAUGGGAAGAGAUCUUCCAUAUGACCUAUGACCUGGCCAGUGCUGUGAUGAGGAUCAUUAACCUGAUUGCAAUGAUGCUGCUGCUGUGUCACUGGGACGGCUGCCUACAGUUCCUGGUUCCCAUGCUGCAGGACUUCCCAUCUGACUGCUGGGUGUCCCUCAACAAAAUGGAGAACGACACCUGGUCCGAGCUCUACUCCUUUGCCGUCUUCAAGGCCAUGAGCCACAUGUUGUGCAUCGGUUAUGGCCGCCAAGCCCCGGAGAGUUUGUCCGACAUCUGGCUGACCAUGCUGAGCAUGAUCGUGGGAGCCACGUGCUACGCCGUCUUUAUUGGCCACGCCACGGCUCUCAUCCAAUCCCUGGACUCCUCCAGACGGCAAUAUCAGGAGAAGUACAAACAAGUGGAGCAGUACAUGUCCUUCCACAAACUGCCAGCCGACUUCCGCCAGAAGAUUCACGACUAUUAUGAGCAUCGAUACCAGGGCAAGAUGUUUGAUGAAGAGAGCAUUCUGGGUGAACUCAGUGAGCCGCUCAGAGAGGAAAUUGUCAACUUCAACUGCCGCAAACUGGUGGCAUCCAUGCCGCUCUUUGCCAACGCGGAGCCAAACUUUGUCACGGCCAUGUUGACAAAGCUGCACUUCGAGGUAUUCCAACCACACGAUUACAUCAUAAGGGAGGGCACCAUCGGGAAGAAAAUGUACUUCAUCCAGCAUGGAGUCUGCAGCGUCAUCACCAAAGGCACCCUGGCCAUGAAACUCUCCGACGGCUCCUAUUUCGGAGAGAUCUGUUUAUUGACGAGGGGUCGACGGACGGCCAGCGUUCGAGCAGAGACGUACUGUCGACUCUACUCUCUGUCUGUGGACCACUUCAAUGAGGUGCUGGAGGAGUAUCCCAUGAUGAGACGAGCCUUUGAGACCGUGGCCAUAGAUCGCUUGGACCGCAUUGGUAAAAAGAAUUCCAUCCUGAUGCACAAAGUUCAGCAUGACCUCAACUCCGGCGUUUUCAACAACCGCGAGAACGAGAUGAUCCAGGAGAUCGUCAAGUACGACCGCGAGAUGGUGAAGCCUAUGGACCUGCAGAGGCCGCGAGCCAUGUCGAUGACACCCUCCAUCGGUGGCAUCUUCGCUCCCCCGGGCCAGUCCCACACGGGCUCGGCCAUCGCCACCCUGCAGCAGGCGGUGGCCAUGAGCUUCUGCCCGCAAAUGGCGAGUCCUCUAGUGGGGCCAGGGACUCUGCAGUCUCCUCGUAUGGUGCGAAGAUUCCAGGUGAUGCAGAGCUUGCAAAGCCCCGUCUCCAUGUCUCCUCUUCAGUCUCAGCCCCCUCAGACGCUCGGAGGGGCGUUCGGUUCGGCCAUCUCCAGCCCGCCAGUCCAAAGCCCCUUAGCAGCUUCGGGACGGACUUUCCAGUACAUGGCGAGCGCGGGCCCUUCGGGGUCCCAGUUGUCCUUAGUGCAACACCACGUACCCAGUCCCACACACACCCAGCAGAGGCCUGCCUCACACAAGAGCACCCACUCCCUUCACACGGGGAGCUUGAGCCAGGACACCCGUGCACUGUCUGCCUCCCAGCCUUCGCUCCCCCAGGAGGGAGCGCCCCAAGCUGCAUCCGCCGCCCCCAGCCCCGCACCUUCGACCCGCACCUCCAAUACCUCCAUCGGCCCCCCUCACCCUAACCUUCCCGGGCCCUCCGGGGUGGGGAGACCGACGGGCGCUCAACAGAGGGUAGCCUUCGCCUCCACACCUCCUCCCGGUGGACCUGCCGUGGGAUCAGGGCCUCCGGACUCUGGCGUUCCCAAGAAAGAUUCAAUUGUCAGCCUUCCGGAGCUAGACUCUGCCAGAUCCCGGCUGUCUUCCAACUUGUGACCCUGGUCGAUUUCAGGAAAGAGGCCUUUUUUGUAGGUGUUUGCUUUGGGUCAGUCCCACUGAUCCGUGGUCAGCCUGCUAAAUGACCAAUGGGCUGUUGAUGACGCCGCCAGUCAUUGGGCCUGGAUGCUGGUGUCGACUGAAGGAGACGUGUCUCCACAUCCUGGGACUGCGGCGAGGAGACGUCUAUACAAUGAAACUAGUAUAACUUAAGGUGGAGCUGGUCUAGUCUACUGUGCCAGCACCUUUUAUUCUUAGUAUCACCCCUUACACUCUGCUUCCAAACACCUACUGUAUAUCGCUGUCUUUAACUGUAAAGAUAUUUAGAAACAUACAAUUAAUGUAACAUUUGCAUACUGUGUAGAUUCCAUGCGAUGCAAUCUAGCAGGAGCUGGACUUGAAAAUGAAAAUCAGGGACUCGAAGUCAAACGACAAUGUCAUUUUAAAUGUUUAAGUGUUUCUUUUUUUCGUUCUUUUUUUUUCUCCGUAUAAGCCAGGGGUGUCAAACUCAUUUAAUCACAGGGGCCGCAUGGAGGAAUAUAUAUUCCCAGGUGGGCCGGACUGGUAAAAUCAUGGCAUGAUAACUUAAAAAUAAAGACAACUUCAAAAUAGUUUUCUUUGGCCAAAAAUAGAACAAGCAUAUUCUGAAAAUGUACACAUGACAAAUAAUCCUCUUGGCAAAACACUUCAAGUUAGUGGAACACCCUGAGGAAGAAAUUGGUGCAGUUUCCAAAACACCAUGAACGUAGACUACGUCUCAGUGUUUUUACAAAGCCAUUUCACUUUAAGCACUUCCUGUUCAGCAUUAUCAUGUUGGCAGUUCAUUAAAGACGUGUUUGGAAAAGCAACCGAGUGUUUCCUCAAACCACCACAUUGGUGACAUCCACAACUGCCACAACACAUUCAUUUACCAACAUUCAAAUAUUACAAUUAUAAUAUAAAGAAAACAAUGAUCAGAAUUACACCAUAAUAGCCGUAUUAAAGGCAACAUCACUACAAACGUAACCAAUGUGAACAUGGUAGAUUUAAUCAUAAAAUAAAAUGGAACAAACAACAAAUGUAAAAACACACAUUUUUACAAUGGAUUUCAGGGUGCGCAUCGUGCCGUCAACAAACUGCGAGCGCUGCACAGAAAUCUAACUACAAAGAUGAUGGUCAUGUUGACUUUGCAUUUUACUGUUUCGUUAUUUUUAUCUGUUGAGUAGAUAAUUUACAAUUAAAUAAAAGGUAUUGUGCAUUGCUAGAGCAUUAGUCUGUUGCCAGCCACAAUGGACGCUGAUUGGAGUAGCAGCAGCCAAUCCAGAGGGCGCUUAAAGUCAGCUGACGCGUCAUCUUUAAACACUGUCAUGUGUGAUGUGGGUUACACUUGAAUUGCUAUUGCGACAUCCAGUGGACACGUUUAGAACAGCAGUUUCUUUCAUUAAAAAAUGGCAGCACAUGUAAUACUUAAACUUAUUUUGCGGGCCGUGGGCCGGAAUAUACCUGUUCGCGGUACGUUUGACACCCCUGGUAUAAGCUGUCGUAGCAAAAUAACACACCGCUCUCCAUAUGGUUUCAAGUAGUCGUAGUGUCGUAGGCCGCUGGUCGAUCUUACAUGGACGUUGUAAAUAACCCAGGACAAAUCGUACGGAGGAAUACUCUAUUCAUUGUAUCUUACCCAAACCAAAGUUGAGCUUAAACACAAAGUCCGGUUGUGUCUGUAUCAACUAAAAAAAAGAAACGUAGAAGAAGAA